AUGAUGCGACGAACCCAACUCACGGCCUCGCCCCCGGCCCAGGCCUCAGACACCCCUCUGCCCGUGUCGCCCACCGUCACCCACUUCUCCUCGAGGAGCCACACGCCCUCGCACCAUACUUCUCAAGCAGACGACCCGCCUGCUGAGGCUCCCCCCCGGUCGCCCUCACCUCGCCCUUCCAAACAACACACGGCGACGACCAUGGGCAGUCGACCUGGCGCGUCCCUCGACGCCGCUAGCAACGACCGCCAUGGCCUCUCCACCCUCCUUCACCAACGGCCCCAGAUGGCCGCUUCCAUGUCUGCUCCCGCCGGCCGCUUGCCUCGACUGCUCCCCGCCGACCUGUCCUCGUACACCGACUCGUACCUGCCCACCGCAGCCAUACCCCCCUCGGCCACUUCGCUCGCUGAACUCGCCCACCUGAUCCGCCUCCAGGGCUACCAGGAGCAGCGCAAGGCCCACUCCAGAGUCCGCCUGCACCGAUGGCUCGUCUCCAGCGCCCUCUCCGCACGUCUGGUACACUGCGGCGAGCUGGCAUACCGCACCCUCGUGGACAACUUUAGGUCCGACGACAAAAAGGCCUUUGCCUCGCUGUACAACGCUCUCAACGACGUCCGCAACUCGUGCGAUGCCACACGCCAGUAUGCCCUGCUGGAGCCAGACCUGGAGUUUGGCAAGUCCAAGACGACCAAGUCGGACAAGUCCCUCUCGGCCUCGACUUUCCUCAACGAUGUUCCCUCGAAGAUCCUGGAUGAUCUUCUAGAUUUCAUUUCUGAAAUUCGCACAAACCCCGAAUUUCUUGCUUCUCGCAUUUCCAGCCUCUCGCAGCAAGAGCUGGCUGCUCUUACCUCUUUCCGCCAGGCCAUGGAUCCUAUUGAUUCAGUCAUGGCCAUCCAGGCCCGCGGUCGAAACCUAGGCUCCCAAAAGGCCCAGCAGCAAGGCGGCAAUCCCAUUGAACGGCUCUUGUCCUUCCAGCGCCACGAUCCACUCUCUGCGCUUGUUUACACCAUUUUUGCAAAUUCAUCCGGGCCGGAUUCUGCAGAGGACCUCCGCCGUACCGACGUUUGGGCCACCGUCUGCGCCAAACUGAUCAAGGAUACCAAGAUUAGCCACAACUUUAUCAGGACCAUUCUCGACGUCUGGGCAGGCAUGCGCGAAUGGCCCGGAAAGGCCAACCUGGAGCUUUACCUCAUGCAAACCCUCCAGGACGGUCAGUUCCUCCUUGAGAAAGCCGAGGAAUCAGGUGUACGGGCUGGAGCACAGCCAGUGCCUCGUAGUACCAAGGACACCAUUGCUGCAGACGAGUUCUUUGACAAAGCUGUUAAGCGCUUGUUUGAAGUCGUCGAUGACGAGCCCAGUGCUGGUGGCAUUCCAGAGGGCGUCUUGGAAAUCGGAAACGCCAUCCUUCGCAAGUUGAACGAGGAGAACGAAAGAGGAGCCCGCAAAGCAUCGCAAAACUUUUUUACGCACGGCAUCAUGAUUGGUCACCACAUCAGUGAACAUGCCCGCCAGAAGAUUCUCAAGGAAAUUGCCAUCAGAGCCCAGAAGCAGGUGCUGGACAUGACAUACAACUGGAAGCAGCAGAUACCCGUCCUUCCGGAAAUCCGCACCCACAUUGAGAGCAUUCUGGCUCGUUUCAAACACACAAAAACACCAUCAAAGCCCAUCUUACUCCCUGCCAAGGCAAUCACCUCGCCCAGGGAAACGGUCGAAGUGCAACCCUUUAUCGUCCUCUCUCCAGCUGAUAUCAUCACACUGGUCAAUGCGCUCUUCCCAGAGCGUCGCCCCUCAUCGAGCCACAUGGACAACGACAGCCAGCGCCGUGCUGGCCUAGCAUCAUCCGCUUCUUCAAUGUCUGGCAUGUCUGUUCCAUUCCGCAAUGCUGCCGCGUCUAUGACCGACGCAAGCUCCAUUCUCAGUGCUAGUGCUUCGUCCAUGACAAGCGAUCAGACUUCACGCGAGCCACUUUUGGACAACAACACGACGCCAGUUGAACAGCAAACUGACACCAAACCAGCCCCGACAGAGCUUUAUGGAAAGCGUCUGCGCAUGGCUUGCUCAGAGAUGACUCGCAUCCUCGGCGCUGAAGCUGCAUCUGGCUCAUGCCAUCCAUGUGCUGAGCGAUGGGCUGUCUUGUACAUCUCCGCCGAUGGCAAGCAGCUCAAGCCACGCAUGCGCAAGGAUUUUGAUGACGAAGAAGAGCAUGACGAUGACUCUCCAGACAGCGACAGCAGCGACGAUGAGGGUACUACGGAUAGAUUCGAUCUCGGCCACGAUUAUCACCAACUUAAGGAGGCGAUUGUCAAGCUCGUCGAAGAUUACGAAAUCCCCAAGACACUGGCUCCGGAUAGCGAGUCAAAGAAUUUCAGCAACCGUAUGACGACACGCAGAAGCGCCCGUGGACGCGGCCCGAUCCGCAACAUUAGCGAGAAUCUCGGAUCUCGCAAUCCAUACAACUCAAACCAGAGCCACAGCCAACUCACAAACAUGAUUGCAAGCCAGAGAAGCGGUUCCUCACGCCGUUCUCCCCAGAUUCCCAGGAGUCACAGCAACCCGCAAGUUGGCGAGAAGCAAGAGAACAGCUCGGUGCUGGUUACCAUGUUGGAGACAGCAAUGUACCAAUGCCAGGCGCGCUCCGAUUUCGUCAAUGCGCACAUGUACUACAAGACUCUCCAAAGUCUCCGAAGACUCAGUUCUCCAUCCCUGGUCAAGAAUGGAUACGCAGCUCUUCUCAACUACUUUUCUCGUGGUCCCAGAGAUUUACUCAGCAAAGCAGCCAAUGCCAUUGAAGAGUUCGAAGCAUGGUUUGUGUGGCUCAAACAGUCUCAGGAAAGGUCCGACAAUAUGGUCGACGAGAUGAUGCUCACGUUCAAGAACCUGAGAGACAAGAUGUGGUACAUUACCGAUGUCCGCACUUCCAAGCCAUAUGAAGACGCCAAAAAUGUGGCCCUUGCCCUCAAGAUCAUGGACCAACAAUCCAAGACGCUCAACGCCAAGGGCCCAUCCGCAUCCCGAUCCCGCAACGCCAACAGCUUCUUGCGACAAAACGAAGCUCAACUGGUCGACCUCAUGGCGGCUUCACAGGAUUUUGGUGGUCCGAACAAGCUCUCAGACGAACAGUCGGAGAUCACCCUAAAGUGGCUCAUGCAGUACGGUGUUGAGAACUUUUGCAAGGGCGAGGAGCGGAUACACCGCUUCUGUCUCGAAGUCGACAAAUGCGUCACCAAGGUCAUUGGUGAGGGUCUAUUAGACGGUCCAGUACUUUGGGCCAGUGAUUUGUACAAACGCGACCAACAGAUCCUUGAGAGCGGACGGCAAAAAGGUGAUCUCUUCCUGACUGGCGUCGGCACCCUCUCUAUCGCUGGUGACGAAGAGUACGAAACCCAUGGCCGGGCUGGGUCGCGCAACAACGACUUUUCUCAGCGCCCAAGUCAUGGCAGUCUGCGUUCGGCCGCCAAUGGCAACCGUCCAUCGAUCUUGGAACAAAACCCCUGGAGCAGGAAUCCUGCCGAGUCGUCUGACUACUUUGGCGCAUCGUCACCAGUCUUGGCUAUCGAUCCAGUGGCUACCUUUUGGUCGCCAUUCCAGACACAAGCACAAUCACCGACAAACGCGACGAGCAUUCGCCCACGAACUGCCUCGUCUUCCAAGGGCACUGUCAUGCUGAAGCAGUCGGCCACAGUCAAUGAGGAUAAGCGCCGCUUCAUGCUUGACUUGAAGCAGACCCUCACUGGCCUUCUGUUGAGCGAUCUCGGAAUGAUGGUGUUCGCCAACGGCAGUGAGACCGAUUCAUGGUUCGGUGGUGAUUUGCUUGACGACUGUAUCGAGCGCCGAGACGAAGAGGAGCGCCGACGCAAGAACAAGCUGGCCAAGAAGAAGAGCACAAAGAACAUCCGAAGGCAGACUGUUGACCAACGAAACUUGCCGUUGGAAGCGCUUGGCCGAACAGAGCGCAGCUCAGCUGCACCUCCUGUUGCAACCUUGCAGCAUGCCGCAGCUGCCGAUGCCCAUCAGUCAGCUGGAGAGCAUUCAUCGACUUCCAGCGAUGCUACCUCACGAUCGUCGGGCAAUGCCACUGCAAAGAAAGCCGGGCUACUCGAGUUCCCAUACAACGUUGCCUUUCAACGACUGCUCAGCAGGUUCCAGACGCACCCCAACCCCUUCUCCAAGUUGCAUGCGUUGUAUGAAUUGGAGCUUCUCAUCAUCGCUUCGUUGUCUUCUCGAACUGGUCGAUCCUACAACAAUAACAAUAACAACAUCCGCCGCGACACACUUCCUCCUGUUCCCCAAUCACCCACUCUUGGCGCUAUGCCAGAACUUAGCUCUCGUGAGCCAGCCACCCAGACUUCGCGCGCACACAACCUGGAAGAGGCAAUUGCAAACUGCGAAGAGCGUCGUUCUCAAAGCAUGAACGUAGAUCGCGUAAGCAAUGCGUCGCCACUACCUCGCAACGGCGCUCGCUCUCCAGUCGGCCCGCCAAGCACAGACAUGAUUGUCGAGGUUAUUCAAGGACUCUUGCGAGACUCCAACAUUCGUCCCAAGACUCUUUUCAGAGACUUGCAGUUUAUCGCAUCCUUUGUACCAGCGCAGAUGCUCGACAAGACUGCGCGUGGUAAAGCAUUCUGGGACGUCGGUCUUGCAGCCCUCGGCCUGAAGCAAGACGUCUGCCGCAUCAUGGUUGAGCUUGUAGAUGAAGUCAUCACCCAGAACUCAAAACGCGAUGCAGGCAAGGCAAACAGCAGCAGUAUGACCGAAAAGGUCGGCGCAUCGUCGUCAGCCCUAGGUGACGAACCAAUGUCCAAGUACACCAUGGAAGAUGCAGGACGCAUGCUUCUCAUCACUGCCAAGGAGGGCGAUUCAGUUGCCGAGCGCGAACUCGCCAUCUUUUACCUCACCUCCCCCGAACUCAUUCACCGCACUGUGCUGCCGCUUACUAAGCCCAGUGAGGUGUUCAAGACUGAGCUUCUGAAUCGCGAGAAACGAGCCUCGCAGGAUCCUGCACGCAGCGAUCCCAUGACCAUGUGCGUUGCGCAACACUGGAUGGAGCAAUCCAUGAAGGGUGGCGACCAGCUUGCUGCCAAGUACCUGCGCCAGCGAAGCGAGCUGGAGAACAUCAACCCAACCAGGGCAUAG